CUCGAAACCCGAUUUUCUUAAUAAAGAACAUUAUACUAUACUAUAGCAUUAGCAUGGACACACCCGUUCUCUUGACCCUAGCAGCUACUCUCCUAUCAGCAUAUUUCCUUUGGUUCCUCCUCUUGGCUCGAACCCUAUCCGGCCCAAAAGCAUGGCCACUGCUUGGCAGCGUUCCAAGCAUGAUCGUGAACCGCAAUCAGGUUCACGACUUUCUGGCUGCCAACCUGCGCAACACGCUGGGUACUUACCAGACCUGCAUCCUCCCUUUUCCUCUCGUCGCACGAAAGGAGGGCUUCUUCACCGUCACCAGCAACCCUAGAAACAUCGAACACGUCCUCAAGACGCGCUUCGAUAACUACCCCAAAGGCCCGCACUGGCAGGCCGCAUUCCACGACCUCCUUGGCCAUGGCAUCUUCAACAGCGACGGCGACACCUGGCUCAUGCAGCGGAAAACCGCCGCUCUCGAGUUCACCACUAGAACCCUAAGACAGGCCAUGGCUAGGUGGGUCAACCGGACCAUAAAGAACCGCUUAUGGUGCAUUUUGGACAAAGCGGUUAAGGGAAAGCUUUCGGUGGAUUUGCAGGACCUUCUUUUGCGUUUGACGUUUGAUAACAUAUGUGGACUCACCUUUGGUAAAGACCCUCAAACUCUCUCCCCGGAUCUACCCGAAAACACCUUCACUGUUGCGUUUGACUCUGCCACAGAAAUCACCUUGCAAAGGCUUCUGUACCCUGGCAUACUAUGGAAGUUCCAGAAGCUUCUAAGCAUUGGCAAGGAGAGAAAAAUGCAGCAAAGUUUGAAGAUAGUCGAAACUUACAUGAACGAAGCCAUUUCAGCUCGGGAGAAGUCUCCCUCCGACGACUUGCUAUCAAGGUUCAUGAAGAAGCGCGACGCCACCGGAAAGCCGCUGAGCGCCGCCGUACUGCGGCAGAUUGCGCUGAACUUCGUCCUCGCCGGCAGGGACACCUCCUCGGUGGCGCUCUCAUGGUUCUUCUGGCUCGUCAUGAACCACCCCGCCGUGGAGCAGAAAAUCAUCGACGAACUCACCGCGGUUCUCGCCUCCACGCGCGGCGGAGACCGGCGGAAAUGGACAGAGGAAGCGUUGGACUUCGACGAAGCCGAGAAGCUUGUCUACCUGAAAGCCGCGCUGACGGAGACGCUGCGUCUGUAUCCAUCGGUGCCGCAAGAUUUCAAGCACGCGGUGGCGGACGACGUGCUUCCGGACGGCACGGCGGUGCCGGCGGGUUCCACGGUGACAUAUUCGAUCUACGCGGUGGCGAGGAUGAAGAGCGUGUGGGGCGAGGAUUGCAUGGAGUUUAAACCGGAGCGGUUUUUAUCAGUUCAGGGAAACCGGUUCGAACCGCCGAAGGACGGUUAUAAAUUCCUCGCGUUUAACGGUGGACCGAGGACCUGUUUGGGGAAGGACUUGGCUUAUCUUCAGAUGAAGUCUGUGGCCGCUGCCGUGCUUCUUCGGUACCGGCUGUUGCCGGUUCCCGGUCACCGGGUUCAGCAGAAGAUGUCGCUCACGCUCUUCAUGAAGCACGGGCUGCGCGUGUUCUUGGAGCCACGUCAACUCGAACCGCAGGCUGCCACGUCAGCUUGAAGAGAGUGUGUUUUGGUUGUGCUUGUGCACAGUGUAAAGGGCAAUGUGGUCAUUUCGUUGUUAUACUUGUGCAUUUAUUUGUGUUAGUAAUUUCCAAUGUGUAAAAGUGAAAUCGUUUGAUGUUUGGUUGGGUGGGUGGGUGGAUCAAAUUUGGGUUUACCCUUUGGAGUGGUUGGAAGAUGGGUUUACAUAUUCUUAUGUUGUUCAUCAAUAAUUUGAAUACACAAAUAUAUAAAAUUAUAAUAUAAUCAUUUAUUAUUUUCUA